CGGCCUGACAACUGUGUGUGCGUCGCAAUUUAGUGCUCAGUGUAUUGUGAAGUGUAUGUGCAUGUGUUUGUGUAUUUGUGUGUGUGUGUGUGUGGGCAUUGCACACACCACCUGCAAGUUAGAUGAGUGUGCAUAUUGGGAUAGGAUUUCGAUGCCAACUUCGAUUCCUGUAAACAAAAGGCAGAUCAACAACAAUAACAAAUACAAAGCGCACACAGAGCGGAAACGCGCCGUUGAAUCAUCAAACGGAACUUGCCUUUUGUUGUUGUACAUAGCAUAACACAAUACGCGAAAGAAAAAGUAUAGUGGUGAAACAACAACAACAAUAAAAAAAAAACGCUGCGCCAACAUAAAUAUAACAAUAGCAACAUGAGCUAGUUAACUAACUAAACAAAAACUUGUAGCCAUGGAGGAGAAGCGCAUAGCGGACUACUUUGUGGUCGCUGGCAUGCCGGAGCAGCCUCAGCUGCUGCAAGAGAACAUAUUCAAUGAUUCGGGACGUCUGAGAGCGGCGACCACCAUCGAACCUAUAACCGAUAUUGGAGUGUUCUUUCCACUGCUGGGCGAGCAAAUACCCGAAGGCUAUCAGCUGCUCGAAUAUACGCCCACGGGACUGCCUGCGAAUCUAAAUCAUGGAUCAGUGCGCACCACCGAGUGUUAUAUAUUCUAUAGACGUGGCAAGGAUCGACCGCCGCUGGUGGAUAUAGGUGUGCUCUAUGAUGGACACGAGCGUAUCAUGUCGGAUGCGGAAAUUGUCGCGGAGACGCCGGCGGGACGUGUAGCGAAUGUUAACAAUUCAUCGGCGAAAACAUUUCUCACAUAUCGACGCGCACGUCCCGAUAUGCCGUGCAAUGAGCUUGUCGUGACCGAACUGUGCGUCAUAGUCCAAAGCAAGGGCGAGCGACCACCACAUGCAUUCUGCUUGAUCUACAAGACGCUGAACAAAGGCUAUGUGGGCAGCGAUGUUUAUUUGUGCUACAAAAAGUCCAUGUACCGUCCCAAGCAUAUAAGCUAUAAGCCGGAGAUAUUGCUGCGCUAUCCGACGAUGGAUCACAAUGAUUUUCCGCUUAAGUUAUGUCCAAGUGUGCCGCUCUUUUGUCUGCCCAUGGGCGCGAGCCUGGAGGCCUGGCCGCAUGUCAAUGGCAAUGAGAAACGCAAACCGAUUAGUCCAGUGUUUAGUACAUUUGUUUUAACUGUUAGCGAUGGCACGUAUAAAGUUUAUGGCUCUGCUUUAACCUUUUACGAGGAUUACGACGAAGCUCUCUUAUCCGAUGAACAGCGCGAGCUGCUUGGCUGGAAUGAUGAGUUUGCUGCUCAGCAUUCGCUGCAUAUGAUCAAGGCCAUCUGCUUGCUAUCGCAUCAUCCCUUUGGCGACACCUUCGACAAGUGGCUCAAGUAUUUGCACCGCAUGGUCUUGUAUGGCGUUAAUAUGCCCAUACCCGUGGAGCGCUACAUUACCCAGCUGCUGGAUGAGGUGCCCUUUCCUGCGCCCAGCAUUCACCUGCAGUUGUCCAACAGCGAGUCCAAUGAUCGCAUCCUGUUAACCCAGCCCGAGGAUUCGCCGUUGCCACGCAGUGGCGCUGGCUUUCAUAUGCUGCUCCAGAAUCUGGGCACGGACAAUUGCCUGCAUGUCCUGCUGCUGGCGCUCACCGAACAGAAGAUACUCAUACACUCACUUAGACCCGCUACGCUAACAGCUGUGGCUGAGGCAAUUGUGUCGCUGCUGUUUCCUUUCAAGUGGCAGUGCCCCUAUAUACCGUUAUGUCCGCUAGGACUCGCCGAAGUGCUGCAUGCGCCUUUGCCUUAUUUAAUAGGCGUAGACUCGCGCUUCUUCGAUCUGUAUGAGCCGCCAACAGAUGUGACCUGCAUCGAUUUGGAUACGAACAACAUAAGCCUGUGCGACUCGCAGCGUCACUUGACGCCAAAGCUGCUGCCAAAGCGUGCGGCGCGCUUGUUGCGUCAAACGCUCACCGAGCUGGAGAACGCCAAACCGCUGAGCUAUGAGUCCACCAAUAGUUUGGAUCGCGAUAUACGCAAGCGCAAGCGUGAGCUGCUGCUGGAGCAGCGCAUACAGGAAGCGUUUUUGCUAUUUAUGGCGUCGAUAUUGCGUGGCUAUCGUGACUAUUUGGUGCCCAUAUCCAAGGCGCCAUCGGUGGGAGCAACAGAUCCAAGCGCGCUGUUUCAACUUAAAGCGUUUCUGCGCAGCAGAGAUAAAUCGCAUCACAAAUUCUUUGAGCUAAUGAUGAAAACUCAAAUGUUUAUACGUUUUAUUGAGGAGCGCAGCUUUGUAAGCGACGGCGAUCAUGGGUUAAGUUUCUUUGAUGAGGUUGCUGAGAAAGUAAGCGGCUAUGAUGAGACGCCCACGCAGCUGCAUUUGGUGGAUUGGGAUACGGGUCAGAGCAGCGAACGCACCAAAUAUAUAUUUCCACCAGAUGCACCAAGUGCUGCUGCUGGGCAAGCUGCAGCUGAGCUUAGCUAUAAUUAUGGCAACUUUACGCUGCAGCCGGAGCUGCUGCUAAGCAAUCGACGCAGCGCGCAAUCGCAAACGCUGCUGCAGCUGCAGCUAAGCGCUUCACUAUCCCCAGGUUCACCCAUUGCGCGACGCACCAAGCACGAGGUGAAGCUAUCACAAAAGCUUGCGAGUCGCUGUCAGCAGCAUCCGGAGGCAUGGAGCAAAUAUUUGCUGGCCACCUGCUAUUCGCUUUACUUUCUUAUACUGCCCUCCAUGGUGCUGGACACGCGUCAUGGCGGCAAGGAGGCGGACAUUUUACGCGCCGCCUAUGACGUGCUGGUGCGCGCCGCCAAGCUGAAGAUUACCUGCGAUGAGUUUUGCUAUCGCAUCAUGAUGCAGCUCUGCGGCAUUCACAAUCUGCCAGUGCUCGCAGUGCGUCUGCACUAUCUAAUGAAGCGUUCGGGCGUGCAGCCCAAUGCCUUGACCUACGGCUUCUACAAUCGCUGCGUGCUGGAGUCGCAGUGGCCCAGCGACAGCACCACGUUGAGUCAGCUACGCUGGAAUCGCAUUAAGAAUGUUGUGCUGGGUGCGGCGCAUUUUAGACGCGCGGGCAAGCGUCGUGCUGCCGCCAAGCUAAGCAAAUCUUUGGGCGCAUCGCAUGAGCAAAAUCUAAGCACACUGGAAACUGUGGAUGGUCAGUCCCGCAGCAGUUUGGCCAGCUCGGGUGACUGCGCUGUUGUUACUAGUGGCGGCGGCGGCGUUGGCGCGCUGCUUGACUUUGCUGCACUCGAUCGGCUGCGCAAUAAACUUGGCAGCAUUGUGCGUCAAACUGUUGCGGGUGGUGCUGCCGAUGCGCUGCCCACGGGUGAUGUGGUCAACAGCGCGGGGCUGCUCAUCAGCAGCGAAGCCAGCACGCCGCAUUCACCCAACAAAACGCGCAAACAUAUUAUGAGCAUAGGCGAUGGCGAGGAGGAGGAGGAGGAGGAUGAAGUGGUGGAGCAGCAGCAGCAGCCAAACGACGCCACUGAGCUCAUUGAUGAUGAUGAUGAACUGCAGGUUGAGCUCGAUGCGGAUGCGGAGCAGGAUGAGCUCGAUGAGCAUGCCCAGCGGGCCAGGCAACGUGUGCAGAGCCCAACCAAAAUCUCUCCGCGCACGCCCGUAACCCAAAACGAUCCGUUGGGUGCACUCAACGAAGAGGAAGCCACGCCCAAAUCGCAAGUGCCGCCCACAGAGACAACAACAACGACAACAAUAACAAAUGCACUACAGAGCAAUAUAUAUAGCGAUAAGCCGAUAUUAUUCCGUGGACAGCGUAGCGCAACGUUCGAUGAAUCGACGCAGAUUGGGAAGAGCAUGCAUCGGUCGGAGACAAUGCCGGUGGCCAGUAGUGGGGUGACUCAUAGUCUGGCCAACAUUGGUUCCUCGCUAAAGUUUACUUUCGGACGUUAUUCACCCGCACGAAUGUCCUUUAAGAAAGACUUGAAAUUGCCCGCCAAUAUCAUAGAAAAUAUAUCAAGCAUAAGUCCCAGCCUGACGGGCAAGAAAUCCAACGAGCUUAUCCAAGGCAGUCUGAGCAGCAUUAAGUUUGCAGCCAAUUCGCUGACGCGGAAGUUUGAUGAAAUCAAGGGCGCCAUAUCGGCCAACUCAACGCCGGUAAAGACCAACAAUGGGCAUCCGCCGCAUCAGCCACAUAAUCAUCAACUCAAUCACAAUCACCAACUGAAUCACAAUCAGCACACCAACCAACACCAUCAUCACCAUCACCAUCAUCAUCAUCAUCACCACCACCACUCACAUCAUCAUUCUCAUCAGCAGGAUGCAGCAGCAUUGACUGGCAAUGGUAAUGGCAACGCUGUUGGCAACGCUGAGGAUGACAACGACAACGAGGGCAAACUGCGUCGCGUGCCAAGCGAUUUGGAUCCCUGGGGCAGGCUAAGCGAAUCACGCAAAUCCAGCUACAACAAUUUGGUGCCGCUUGGCGAGAAUAGCGCUGGCUCCGGUACGCAUCAGCUCUAUGCGUUUCCAGCUUUACCCGACAAUCUUUACAGUCCCACAGCAGAGUACGCUGUCGCUCCAGAUUGCGAUGUGCUCAUUGGGCUAACAACCUGUUCGCAAUGUCACAAUUGCUCCGUUUUGCUUUACGAUGAGGAAAUCAUGAGCGGUUGGUCCGCCGAGGACUCCAAUCUGAACACAACGUGCCAUGCGUGCAACAAGUUUACGGUGCCGUUUCUCACCGUGCAGCUCACACGACUCGCUGCCACCGAUGCGGACACCAACGAUGCGGACUCGCCACUGGAGUCACCCGAGGCAGCUGAUAAAUUGAGCCUUACAGUGCCGUAUUUGAAUCCCUUGGUGCUGCGCAAGGAACUGGAGAAUAUACUCACACAGGAAGGGGACAUGGCGCUUAUCAAGCCGAGCUUUGUACAGGAUCAUGCCAUCAUCUAUUGGAAUCUGUUGUGGCUCAUGGAGCGCAUCGAGACGAAAACACAUUUGCCAGAGCUUUGUCUGCCGGCGCCUAGCGAUGAGCAGCAACUGGAUCCAUUGAGCAAACUGAAGACGGUGCACAUUCAAUGCCUGUGGGAUAAUCUGAAUUUGCACGAGACGAGCGGUCCGCCCAUGUAUAUAUUAUAUAGGGAAACGCGUCCGACGAGUCCGCUGAUCAAGGCGCUGCUAACCGAACAGGCGCAGCUAAGCAAAAACGUCAUACAACAAAUAAUAUCCGCUAUACGUUGCAACGAUCUGGCAACGCCAUUGAAGCGCUUGGCCAACGAACGUCACAAGCUGAAGAACAAUGGAGUGGAGCGUUCGCAUUCCUUUUACCGUGACAUACUCUUCCUGGCCCUAACCGCCAUCGGGCGUGCCAAUGUCGAUUUAGCCACAUUCCAUCGCGAAUAUGCAGCCGUAUUCGAUAAGCUAACGGAACGAGAAUGCAAUAUGUAUUAUCGUAAUCAAGAUUUACCGCCAUCAGCCUCAACGAUCUUUUGUCGUGCCUACUUUAGGCCACUGCUGCUGCCCUGAGAGCAACAACAAAUUAGCUAAAAAGACACACACACACACACACACACAAACUUGACA